UCGUCCAGCAGCAGCCAGAACGCCUCCAUCGCCGCCGCCCGCAGCCGCUUCCGCCCGGCGCGCCGGAACUGCCGUCACGGCCCGGGCCGUAACCAAGGGAACGCGCAAACAGGGCAGCGGCCGUGCGGCCUGCUCCCGGCCAGCCCUUUUCCGGGCCGGUGUGCGGGCCUUUGCCCUUGGCUGUCUCCUCAGCCCGGUGCUUGCAGGGGCAAGGCGGCAGGGAGGUCAGGUCUGAGCCUGAGGCACUGCUGUGCCGCUCGGGCGAGCUGUUAGCUCGGCCGCACAGGCCGCGUUACCUCAGCGAGGGCGUGGGACGGGGCGGUGGUUUAGCAGAGGCGCUCUGCGUCGCUUUGUAUUGAGGACAUGGUAACUGACUUUGAUGAAAUACAUGAUGAAUACUUAAUAUCCCUUCAGCAGAGAAACCGGCUACUGGAACGUUUGAAAAGAAAAGAUCCUAUACAACUCAAACUGGAGCAGUUAGAACAAGGGUUUUCUCUGUACCUGAAUGGAGCCAAUUCAGAGCUGAGGAAUUGCCGCAGAAAAAUCUGCUCUCGUGGCUGCCUUAAAAAAGAGAUAAAGCCCAGCAGGACAAAUGCAGCAGCCCAGCUAGAUGACAGCACACAGACUACACCAGGCAGAAUACAGCGCAGGGGUUGGCUGCAGGAAGCUGUGAAAAUUAAAACACAAAGAGGGGCUAAACUCUGCAUUAGACCUCCUGUUGAAUACUCUGAGGAUUUUGAACCUUAUGAAAGCCUGAGCCUGGAGACAGAUGAUGAUGAUGAUCCUCUCCAUCAUUCCCAGAAAUUGAGAAGAAGCUUGCAACCCAAUGUAGAAGAGGAAAAGAUGGAAGAAGACUCUUUUAGUGAUGAUGAUGACUCUGUUGAAGAGGAUGUGCUUUCAGAAUCAUCUUCUGCUGAAGAAACAAUUCCAAGCUUUGAAGACCUUCAGUUGCGUAGCAAGAGGUUCUUGCAGAAAGAAGCUUCUGAACACCAAGAUGGUGGCCUCGAUUCUGGUGCCCACAGUGUGCUGGAGUUCGGUCAGGAUCAAAGUAAGGUGAAGCCACUACGAGUCCUCUCUGCAAAAAGAAAAGAUAAUGCUGAAAUGUACAUUCCUGUCAGCCCAGCUGUGGGGAAAAACACCAUCACUCGACCACUCUCUGCUGAGUUCUUGCACCAGGAAAGACAUGAAAGAAUUUGUUCCAGCAAGAUCCAGAUACAUCCCAGGAAAGCAAUAAUGAGAACAGCUUGGAAAAGUCAAGGACCUUUAAGUCAACCAGAAAGACUGCUUUCAGCAACAAGAAAGAAUGUAUGUGAGAGGGAUCCUGACCUCUCUGUUUCAGCCGUGGUUAAAGCAAUGCAAAUGGACAAUGAAGUCUUGCAGAGACAACUGCAAAAGCAGACAGUUUCCACUAGCCCCCAAAAGAGACAAUUUUCUCUGUCAUCCAUGGUUUCUGCAAUGGCUGAACCUCCAGAGCACAGCCAGACAAGGACUGCAGUCACUAAAGCUGCUGAGGGGUUGUGUCCUUUUGGAAGCAGACAAGAGAAUGAACUUCUGAAAGGCCUUCUGAAGCCUGGGAGCCAUUCUGCCUGUGUUGGUGACACCUCCCUGUCUGACAAAUUGGAAGCAGGUUCCAUGCAGAGAGAGAUGACAAGCAGGAUGGAAGUACCUGAUGCCAUUUAUGUGACCAUGGAACUUCUUUCUAACUGGGGAAAUCCAGUGAAUGUGGGCCUGAGACAGGUGGAAUUCUUUGAUUUGUACAACAAAAAGAUAUUUGUGUCUCCUCAUGAUGUGGACAUUCGGAACGCUGAUAACCGAGGAGAUUUGUGCUGCCUGGUCAAUAAGACCUUAAAUAUCACGGAGGAAAGCUGCCUUUGGGUGUGCCCUUUCCAUCCGCCCCUCCAACUUUACUUUGUUAUCCGCAAUCCCACCCGCUCACGUGACUUUGGUAUAUCCAAGAUCAAGAUUUGGAAUUACAACACAACAGCUCCCAGUGACCUUGAUGUUGGAGCAAAGGAGGUGAAGAUAUAUGUUGAGAAGAACCUUGUUUUUGAUGGUGAAUUAGAGAGAGCCUCUGGAGAUCUUCUCACUGACCACAGCACUACAAUUGACCUUAGGGAUCACAAGCAAGAUACCACUACGUGUUCUUCAAAUGAAAGGAAAGAAGUAAAUGCUCCUGCAGUCACAGAGAAGGGAACAGACCCACAUGUUCAGUGCUUGCACUCAAACAGUGCUUCACUCAGCUGGAAAUCUCUGCCAGAAGAAAAUCUUGAGCAGCAGAUGAACUCAAACAGCUCUAUAAAAAAAAGAUUGGCUGAGUUAGAGGAUGAUCUAAAAGCAUUCCCACCUCAGGCUUGUAGAAGAGAUGCCAAAGAGAACACAACAGUAGUAGCAGUUGCAGAGCAUGUUCAAGCUGAUGAUGAACUUUCUUUGAGUGAGCAAAUGGAGAAGGUAACAGGAAGAAAAUUGUCUCAUUCUGCAGGGGCAAUUCCUUCUUGGCUACAGUCUUCUUCCCAAGUAACAGAGAGUCCUCAAGUUCCUUCCAGCAAGCAGAAGCCCCCCUGGCUUGCCACAGACCCAUGUGCAGGCUUCAGAUAUCAAACACAGUCAGAGGGGAGCAUGAAAAACUUUAAAGAUCUGACUAAUGAAGAUGUCAAACUGCAGAGAAAUGAACUGGGGAGAUCCAGUAGCAGAAAUGGAAAUGGAGAUGAGAGAUUACAAAUGCUCACCAGAAAGGAUGCGGAUGUGGGCUUGGACAUUUCAGAGCAACUUUCUAACAAAAACUGCUGCAGCUCACAGUACCCCCCAAGUGGAAGGAGAAGUGCCAGAUGUAUGAAAAGGGCUGGGUUAAACACUGUAAAUCUUGGAGAAGAUGAUUCUGCUCUCAAAGAGGAAGACUUCACUAUCAAGGACAUGGCAGCCUUUAGAGCCAAGUGGCACAGUGAACAUGAACACACCCUGCAGGAGUCCUGGAACUCCUUAGUGAAGUUUAAUUAUUCCCAUCGCGGCCGAAUCUCCAACAUGGAUUUUCAAGGGGAUAUCUUUGAUGAGUUUCUUCACCAGCAGAAAAUAAACAGGCCUGGAGACUAUCAGCAAAUGAGAAAAGAGGGCCUACAGACACUGCCCAAAAGGCAAGAAGAACGUUCUUGGGACAUACAUGAUGGAAAUGACUUCAAAAUUCCUGUGUUACCUUGUGGGCAGCACUUGGUGAUAGACAUUCAAACGACGUGGGGAGACAGACACUAUGUUGGUCUGAACGGGAUUGAAAUUUUCAGUUCCAAGGGAGAGCCUGUUCAGAUUGCCAAAAUAACAGCUGAACCACCUGAUAUAAAUAUUUUGCCAGCUUAUGGCAACGAUCCCAGAAUAAUAACCAACCUCAUUGAUGGGGUACAUCGGACUCAGGAUGAUAUGCAUCUUUGGCUAGCACCGUUUACUCCUGGAAAACCUCACUUUAUCUUUAUUGACUUUGUGAAUUCCUGUCAAGUAGCUAUGAUUAGAAUUUGGAAUUAUAAUAAAUCUCGCAUACACUCAUUCCGAGGGGUGAAAGACAUAAUAAUGCUGCUGGAUGAACAAUGCAUCUUCAAAGGAGAAAUUGCCAAAGCUUCGGGAACCUUGUCUGGAGCUCCAGAGCACUUUGGGGAUACUAUAUUGUUCACAACCGAUGAUGACAUUCUGGAAGCUAUCUACUGCUAUGAUCAGACAUGUGAUGGGGAAAUGGAAAAUGCCAGCUCAUUGAGAUAUGAGGAAGAGCUGAAGAGGCCAACAACUGCUGACAGGGAGGGAGAUGAAAGACCUUUUACACAAGCAGGGUUAAGAACAGAGAAUCGACAGGUUCAAGAGCCAGACCCUCUCUCUGAAUGCAUACCCAAGGAAUCAGGAGUAUUUACUGGCAAAUGUCUGCAGCUGAAUUUUACCAUGACCUGGGGAGACUCUCACUACCUUGGCCUGACAGGACUUGAAGUGAUAGGGAAGAAUGGUCAGACGUUAAAAAUAACUAUGGAACAGAUUUCUGCUUCACCCCAAGACUUAAAUGAUCUCCUAGAAUGUACAGGAGAUUCCAGAACACUGGAGAAGUUAAUAGAUGGGACUAAUAUCACAGUGGAGGAUGACCAUAUGUGGCUCAUUCCCUUCUCUUUUGGAGAAGAUCAUCUGCUCACCAUCCAUUUUGAUAAAAUGGAAAGCAUUGCAGGGCUUCGCUUUUGGAACUAUAAUAAAUCUCCUGAGGAUACCUAUAGAGGGGCUAAGGUAGUCCAUGUGUUGCUGGAUGGUCACAGCAUCUCCCCAGCAGAAGGCUUUCUUAUCCGCAAGGGACCAGGCAACUGCCAUUUUGACUUUGCUCAGGAAAUUCUCUUUGUUGACUACCUGCAGCCCCAGCUGAUUAAUAAAGUACAAAGGAGACCUGGGGCAAAGAGAAUGGAACAAGCCAGUAUGGACUACGAAGCACCUUUAAUGCCAUGUGGUUUUGUUUUCCAGUUUCAGCUUCUGACAAGUUGGGGUGAUCCAUACUACAUUGGUUUGAAUGGACUUCAGUUGUUCAAUGAACAUGGAGACCAAAUCCUACUCACUGAAAGCAAUAUUGCUGCUUUUCCAGAUAGUGUCAACGUUUUAGAUGAUGUAUCUGGAGAUGUCCGAACUCCGGACAAACUGAUUGACAGAGUGAAUGACACAACUGAUGGCAGACAUAUGUGGCUUGCACCAAUUCUUCCUGGUUUGGUGAAUAGGGUUUAUGUCAUAUUCGAUGUACCUACUACUGUGUCAAUGAUCAAGUUGUGGAAUUAUGCCAAAACGCCUCAGAGAGGUGUGAAAGAAUUUGGUCUCCUAGUGGAUGACUUGCUUGUCUACAAUGGGAUCCUGGAUAUGGUGAACCACCUAGUGUCAGGCAUCCUACCAACCUGUGACCCAGUGGUCCCGUACCAUACCAUUCUCUUUACAGAUGAUGAGAAGAUUUGCCAUCAGGAGAAGAGAACUGUUAUUAGCAAUCAUGUGGGAGAUCAGGAUGUACGAAUGAUGAACGAGAAUGAGGUUGUCACAAACAGCAAAAAGAAGCAGGUUGCGGCUGAUCCAGCUUUACGUCCAAAAACCUGCAUAUCUGAGAAGGGGCUGCAGAGGAGGAAGAGAUAACAAGGGGCUGUGGCUGGAAGGUCCUGAAUGCAUCCAGCUCUAAUUAACUGCACUUCAGAUCUCCAAGAUAUUCAUCAUCCAAACAGAAGAUUUUUUGUGUCUGCUGCUGAACCACUCCUAUCUUAAGAGAGGAAGUCUUAUUUGCUACAGUAAUGUAGUUCAAAGCACAAAUUGAGCUGACUGGGUUUUUCUUAGUUGUUAUUAUUGAUCUGAUUUCCCUUGCACCUUAACUGAAAAUCCAGGGAGGAAGCAACCUGAAGGGCUGAGAACUGUGUUCCUAACUGACAGCUGUUCCUGCCAAGCACCAAGAGCUUGGAUGAAGCAGGAGGGUUAGAACAAGAGAUUUUUCAGGAUAUUCCUUAAGCUUUUAUUUUAAACCCUUAGCUGGAUGAUCACAAAGCUCCUCACCAGAAGAAAGGGUCUGCUUUGUUGGUGAUGCCUGUGAAUACUUCUCUGGGAAAUGCAUUUAGAGAAAAUGUUCUUUCCCUCUGUAUGUUUCGGUGCUCUCUCAGGGGCUGCCGCUGCUGCUGGUAUUUGGAGAGACUCCCCUGGGUGUGCAGAAGACUAAUGAAUGAUAUGAGGAGAUCAGCGAGUGGUUUAGUAAGUAGGUUUCAGCUGUUGUUUUUUCAUCUUCUGCAGUGAAAGAAUUAUUCCUUUCAUUGUUUCACUACCUUGAAAAAAGCAAAGUAGAUGUUUUGCUUGAAGUGCCAUUGCCAGGUGCUCUACACCUUCUCCAGGGUCCUCCUGCUACGGUGCAGUGCUUUUUUUUUCUCCUCUUUUGCCUGAAUUUGGUUAUAUGAACAAGGAGGCCAUACCUCUGUGUUCCGCCAACAGGCUCUGCUGCCAGCAACAAAGAUCGGCACUUCUGGGAAAGACUAAAUGCAUCUCAAGUAGUAGAAAGUAAGGAGAGCUCUGCACUUUUAAACACAAAAUACACUGUGUCUGAAGCAGUUUCAGCAGAAACUCUAACCAAAUAAUUCUGCUGCAGGAUUUGUAGCUAUGCAGAUGUGCUUUUCACUCCAGAUCUGUCAGUUGUGACCACCUGCAAAUCUCUUCAUAGAAGACUCUUCCUCUCUCACCUAGAACUCACUUAUUGUUUCCAAGGAGUACUAGACACUCUGAAGUCACUUGAUGAUUUUAGACAGGAAACAAAGAUGCACUACUGAAGCUCCUGGUACAGGAUCAAGCUGUGCUGGUCGUCUUUUUGCGCAAACCAGGAGGAUAGUAUCUUGUGUGUUUGCUUAUCAGAACCAUGCUUCCUAACUCUUGUUGGCUAAGCUGAAAAGACACAUGCUAGCAAUGCAUCACCCACGUUCCUGUGUUGUUGGAACAACAAAAUGCAUUUUGUACUAAAUACAAACCACUUCUAAAUGUG